AAGGCAUUCAAUGGCUGCUCACAAGUGAUGGCUCUCAACUUCUAUCCUGCUUGCCCCGAGCCCGAUAUGGUGCUGGGAAUCGGCCCACACUCGGACCCCGGAUCGAUCACGCUGCUGCUCCAAGAUCACGUCGAGGGUCUCCAGGUGAUGCACGGUCACGAGUGGUACUCCGUGAAGCCCAUACCUUAUUCGUUCGUGGUCAAUCUGGGCGACCAGAUCCAGAUUUUGAGCAAUGACAAGUAUAAGAGUGCCCAGCACAGGGCUGUGGUUAAUAGCAGUGAAGAUCGAAUGUCCAUUCCAGUGGCAAUGGGGCCAAAUUGGGAGAGUUUGGUGCACCCAGCAAGCAAAUUGGUGGAGGGCUCUCCACUGUUUAAGCCUAUGGUUUAUAAGGAUUAUAUGACUGCUUUGCAAGCUGGGGGACUUAAUCGCCAGUGGCUCUUGGACACUCGGAGGAUUUAAUUUGAUUUUGAAAUGAAAGUUAAUUAUCAUGGAGA